UGCAAUCUUUUCCAGUCGACGCCGGCUUGUUCAUCAAUCAAUUCGCCGUCCUGUAAAGCAAAAAUGAUGCGUUCCAUUGACGUCUACGUCAAAACCAUAGCUCCUCCGGUCCGUUCAAUUCUGUUCUCGAUCUUUACCUCUAAGCAGAAACCGCCGUCGCUUUCGCUUCCGUUGCACUUCUCUUUGCGGUCGUUUUCCGAUACUCCCUCUCGAUGUUUCUCCAAUGUCCUACCGAUCUCCAAUUCUCCGGUUUACGGGAUUGGAACGAUACGAAACCUCGGUUAUCACUUCACUGCGAGGGCUAUCUCUUCGUCUUCAUCGACGACUGCCUCCGUCGCUUUGGUUCAGCCGCAGCAGACACAGCAGCAGCAGACUGAGAAUCUAACGGUGGUUGAUGAUGAGAAUCGUGGAGGCUUACAGGAGCAUCUUUCUAUUCCUGUACGAGCUUAUUUCUUCUCCACUAGCGUUGAUUUGAAAAGCUUAAUUGAGCAUAACAAGCAGAACUUCAUCCCACCUACCUCGCGAAUGACUAACUAUGCUGUUCUUAAGUUCGGCAAUCAUUCUGAUCCCACUGGUACUAAUGCUGGAUGUAUAAGUGGGAGUGAGUGUAUUUACAUGGUAGUGUAUCAGUAUGGAUCGAUUGUGUUAUUUAAUGUACGGGAACACGAGGUUGAUGAGUAUCUUAAAGUGGUGGAGAGGCAUGCUUAUGGUUUGCUUCCUGAAAUGAGAAAAGAUGAGUAUGAAGUAAGAGAGGAUCCAAAUCUGAACAAAUGGAUGGAGGGAGGACUGGAUGUUAUCAUGUUGCAGUUCUUGAAUAUUGAUGGGAUCAGAACCAUUGGCAGUGUUCUGGGGCUUAGUAUUGCUCUCGAUUACUACGAAGGGCAGGUAACCAUAUCAAAUCCAUACACAUAUUUUGGAUUGUGA